GUAGAGCAUUUGUCUUUGUCACAGUUUUAUUUUCAUUCGCGCGGGCAACACGGAAUCAACUUUGCACUGUCAAUUUACACACAUUUUAAUAGGUUUUAUAUUUUUCUCUCACAGUUUAAUCUUGUUUAUGAUUAAAUUACAGUCUAUGGUUAAAAACUUCACAGUUGCGCGUACAAUGAUAAUGUUGAUAUUUUUGUUGGUGCUGCUGAUUGGCGGGCAAUCGUCGGGUUUCUUACUCACAACAACGACGAUCUAUGCCAAUUACUAGAGCUGUUGUUUGUUGCCGAAACUACAAUGAAACGAAACAGAAGGAAAUGAAAAGAAUGCUAGUUUAGAUCUGCAGUUGAGUUGGGAAAAAAGUGAAAGGCUUGAAUUGUCGAGUAACCAAAACAAAAACAAAAACCAAAAUGCAUUUGUGUGCUAAAAUAAAAAUCCAUGCUCAUAGUUAUAUUUAUAAAAUAUUUGCAAUCAAACUUUGAUUGUGUUUUUAUUAUUUCUCGUGCUCGUUUAAUAUAUAUUGAGUUUUCC